AUGGCGGAGCUGGAUCGCGCGUUGAGCGGCGAGGAGUCGAAGGCACUCUGGGCGGACCUCGAGUCAGCCGCGCUGCGCGUUUCCCGCGCGCGCGCGUCGUACGAGGAGAUGGAGAAGAAGGAGAAGGAGCUGCUCGCGCUCAAGGCGGAACUGGAAGCCGCCGCGCUGAUGGAGGCGGAACUCGCGCAGGCGGACGCGCAGGUGGAGAAGCUCGAAGCUGAGGUGGCCGCAGCAGAGCAGGCAGCCAGGGCUGCUGGAGCAGCCCUCAUCGAGGCUCGGGCAGGCGGCGGCUUCCGAACCAGCAGCGCAGGCUCGGGGGAACAAACAGCCGGAAAAUGGGCGGUGAGCACCGGCACGAUCGAUGACGACAAAGAACGAGUGGAAUCAGCCAAGGCGGCCACUGUAGCAGCUGUAGCUGGCACUGUAGCAGGCCUGCCAUUCCUGCUGAGUCAGCGAGCACAGGAAGGAGGGACGGGAUUGAGUUUCCUGGUGGCAGCGGCGGCGCUAGCAGCAACAUGUGCUCUGUUCGGUGUAACCUACCGGUACAUAGUCCGGAAAGACAUGGGAAACAUUCAUCUUAAAGCCGGGGCGGUGGGUGCUUUCGGGCUAGCGAGAGGGCUGGCUCAAGUGGACUCCACAUUCUCUCUUGUGAGCGCGGGGUCUGCAAAUAAUGGUCUCUCGGAUGACGUCAUGGGUAGUAUGACGGAUGGUGCCUUGGUGCCGGUGGCACUAUCGUUGCUGGAGGCAGGGGAGGGGGUGCUGGUGCUGGCCCUCACUGCCACUGCGCUUGAAUACUGCCUGCAAACGGGAUUCCUGUCCACGUUCCCUGCUGAAACAUCCUCCGCAUCUGAUUCAUCUCCAAAAUAA